CACGCCUACUACUAAGAGCUUUUUGAUGGUAUAACUUCAUUGAAACUGGAUCCAGUAUUUCUGAAAACCUCCCUGGAGGCAACAGACAGAGACACUGCAUUGAAUAUCAGCCGCCUGCAUUAACACAGCAGAAGCAGCAGCAGAGUCUCCAUAAUGGUGAACAGUCAGUAGUGCACAUCUGGUUAAAAACUCCUCCAGGAAACACACUAUGAACAUCUCCAUCUCCUGCAUCCUGCUCGGUCUGGGAGUGAAGUGUCUCCUCAACUGGGCCUUGGUGUUUCUCCAGAGGAACCACAUCUGCAGAAGCUUCAUGGGGGUCUUCAGCGUGUCCCUGGCUGUUGUAGACACAGCCCUGACCCUCGUCUUCGCCGCCAUUCACAUCCACAGCGACGGACACUUCUUCCUCUUGGGCUUGGAGGUGACCAGGUACCACACGUGUCUGCUGGUUCAAAUCUUCGGACAGGUCUACGGCGCUCUGCAGUGGCCGGUUGUGGUCGUGGCCGGUUUGGACCACCUCUGCACCAUUUCUCUGCAACCAGCCGCCUUCAGGGCGAAGUGGAUUGUCCGCUCGUUUGUGACCGUCCUGCUGUGGAACCUCGCUGCUCUGUAUGUCUUUAUGCUGUCUGACUUCAUCCCCGUCUUGGAGGACGUGUCUCACUACCAGAUUCGCCACUGCUGGGUCUUCCACACCACUCAGAUCCUGCAGGUCGUCACGCUGCUCUCCCUGACUCUGGGCUAUGCAACGCUGCAUGCGAACCUCAGCACACGAUUAGUAAAGAACCCUCCUCAGGAAGACCAAAGAGGAACUCACCCCAGGAGAAGCUUUGUUUGCCAAGUCCUGCGCAUACUUCUGAACACAUGGGCCCUUUUCUUGAUUUUUCCUGCUGCGCUCCUCCUGCUACCCGUGGGAAUACCCUCAUACCUGGGUCUGAAUGUUGCCUGGCUCUGUUUCCUCAACAGCUUUCUGAUAGCAGUCGUUUUAUGUGUAGUCCGUCCAACCUCGCAGCUAGCGCACGGCUUGGCAGCAGUUCCUCCUGACAGUUUCUGCGAGUGGAGGUUUAAAUUUAGCUUGGCUGCAGAAGACAGUACAUGACUGCACGAAGCAAUUUAAUAUAGACACACAUUUGAAGAAAUGAAGCUACAUGUGAUGAAACCCGAACGUCUUGUAGUGAGAGGACCGUUUGUACCUCUGGAGAAGUAGCCAUCAUGGCAGUGUGGUUCAGACUGAAAUGCCUCAACAACCAUGGACUGCCACAAAAUUCUGUACAAUCCCUCUGACUUUUCCUCUAGCUCCACCAGCAGCUCAAAGAUUUUACUUAUCCAAGGAAAUAUUCCAGGAUAAAAUGUGCCACCAUGAGUCUGAUGUUGACUGGAUUAACUGGGGGAUUACUUAUAAUAAAGUUUGUGUUGGCUCCAUCAUCACAUUUUUCAGUUUCAGAUACAUCCUGGACCACAGUACAAACUAAGCAGACAGAACAAUAGCAUUCAGAGGAGGUGAAGUACACCACAAGCUAGCCACCUAAAUCAAGAUAAGACUAAACAAGUGGGCACACAUGGGAAACAGCUAUGUCCAUUAUGUCUCUCAGGUAUGGUUGGGUCAGUUUGUCUUAAAAAAAAAAUCAUUAACAUUAAUCUUAUAAGAGAUGUUUGAAAAACCCACAAAGUCGUUCAACACUUCUCCUCACUUUAUUUAGCCUAUAUUUGUUCACAUUUUGGAACAUAAACUAUGCCGAAUUUGCUAUUAGCAAUACUUCUUUGUUAAGUAUCGUUGAAUGUACCGAUAACUGUCACCGGAUUAAUUUAAUACUGAAGCAAACUUAAAAACAUAACGAUUCUCAGGAAGUUCUGCAGGAGCGACGUUUUUAAUGAUUUCUAAGUGGGUUUAUUUGCCGUGGACGUCGGGGAUAAUGAUAUCCUUGGAAAGUUUUGGUCACACUGCUUCUAAAAAAUAUGUGUAUUACGUCUGUUUGUUCAGAUUUGACCGUUUAAAUACUUCGCAGCAAAAUGGCGCUAAAUGAGUUAUAGUG